CAGGACACUCGCUCCUACUCCGAGCUCAAAAGCAAAUCGUCCACUUAGUCGAAGACGGACUUUCUACACGAUCACACGCACUCGCGCAGAUCUCGUUGCAUUUUCAAUUGUCCGUCGUGUUUCGAUUUCGGGCCGCUCGCCUUCCGCCUGCACCAUGUUCGUCUCAUAUUUCUACUUUUUCCUAGCCCUCUCGGUUCCGCAGGCUCUGCGCGCUCGACCGCAAGACACUGUCAAGAUAGGCUGCAAUGCGUCAAUGGUCGACACCGCGAUUGAGGAAAGGUCAGGCCGACCUGAUUACCCUGAUCCUCAACCAAAGUCCGGCGAUAAGGAACCUUCUUCGCGGGUGAUCUUCCCUGGGCCCAUGCACAACUCGCUCAAAAAUAGAACUACCUAUUUUUCGGAGAGUGGUGUUAUUGACAGAACGCCGAGCUUCAUACCUUUCGUGCCGAGCUCAGAGCGAACACCCAGCUGCGCCGAUGGCUCUACUUACUGCGAGGAGCCAGACAAUUAUCCAAAAGAUUACAUUUCACAGCUGCUGAAGAGCGAAAAAAUGAUCAAAGGUCUCUUCGGGCAGGAUGACGUGUCGACAAUCUCCGUGUCUCAGCGGAUCGACUCUUCAGACGAAACUCCAAUUUGCCCUUCGAUGGAGCAUGUUGCUUAUCCGAAAUUGGCCCAGAAUAAGGAGGACAAGUGGCUCUACAUCAUCAACCAGCCUGAAAAUGUGCAGGGCAUCCGCGUCGAGAAGUGCAUAAAAGAACAACCUUGUACGCUGAGCGAGAGCCUGCCCAUCGGUUAUAAGACGUCGUGCAGACAGAAAUACAUCUACAGGAAGCUCGUGUCUAUUAGCGAAAAUGGAAGGCCGCUCACUGAUUCAUUCAGGAUCCCCUCGUGCUGCUCUUGCCACUUCCGCCUAACAAGUGUGGCGAACAGAUUCGGCGCGGAGAACACUAGUCCGGCAAUAUCUCUUCGCAACCGCAUGGACAUGAGAGAAACGGCUCGUCAGGAUGCGUUGCCAUCGAAGAGACAACCAAAAUCUUCGUAGAAGGAACUUUCAAGUCUCUGGCUGAGACACAAAAGACUGUUGAUCUCGAUUUUAUGAUAUCAUAAAGUGUAUAUAUUUAUGCUGAACUAUAAAUAUAAGAAUGGCGCAGUGACUUUUUAAAGAAACAUUACCGUAUUGCGGUCGAUUUUUAAUUUAUUUUGAAAUGUACAUCUCGUUAGAUUCACAAAUCACAUGAGAUUGAAAACAAAAAGUGUUUUAUAUGUACAUGUAUAUAUGCGCAUUAACUAAACUGCGGGAAAGUAAUAUAUUUAUAAGUUUCUCUCAGUGUCGAUCGAACCCCAAAAAUUGAACUACAAAGACGGCAAUAAACAAACAACUCUAUGACUAAA